AUGGCAGACAGAGAUUGGGGAAACCAAACGGCCAUCACAGAAUUCAUCCUCCUGGGAUUCGGGGAUCUCCCUGAGCUGCAAAUUCUUCUCUUCCUGCUGUUUCUAGUGAUUUACAUGGCAACUGUGGCCGGAAACACCCUCAUGGUUGUGCUAGUUGUGGCUGAUCAGCACCUUCACACCCCCAUGUACUUCUUCCUGGGGAACCUGUCCUGCUUGGAGAUCUGCUACACCUCCACCAUCCUCCCCAGGAUACUGGCCAGUCUCCUGACUGGGGACAAAACUAUUUCAGUCAGUGGCUGCAUCACACAACUGUACUUCUUUGGUGGUCUGGUAGGUACGGAAUGCUAUCUGCUAGCAGUGAUGUCUUAUGAUCGGUAUUUAGCGAUAUGUAAACCCCUGCACUAUUCAGCUCUGAUGAAUGCCAGGUUUUGCCUCCAGUUGGCUGCUGGGUCAUGGUUCAAUGCUUGUUUGGCUAUUACCAUCAUUAUAUUACUCAUGUCACAGUUCAUAUUCUGUGGCCCGAAUGAAAUUGACCAUUUGUAUUGUGAUCCCAUCCCACUGAUUAAACUUUCCUGUGGGGACACGCUCCUGAUCAUGUUGUUGAAUUUCAUCCUAGCCUGUGUAUUCACCCUGCCUCCGUUCCUGUUAACCCUGACAUCCUACGUGUGCAUCAUCACCACCAUCCUGAGAAUCCCUUCCACCACUGGGAGGCACAAAGCCUUUUCCACCUGCUCCUCCCACCUCAUUGUGGUAACAAUUUUCUAUGGAACCCUAAUGAGUGUCUCCAUGUUACCAACACUCAAUACACUGAGAGUGCUAAAGAAAGUGCUCUCUCUUUGCUACACGGUCCUGACCCCCCUGGUGAACCCCCUCAUCUACAGCCUGAGAAAUAGAGAG